CCCACACAGGAAGUCACACAGCAAACUGAGACACUGACAGCAAAGUUCCUGAGGAGAGUGUGAGUGAUAACUGGGAGUGCAGGAGAACAUGACUGAUAGCUGGGCAAUGCAGGGAAGUGAUAGCAUGGGAGUGUGAGUGAAAGCUGAGGAGUGCGGCAGCUGGGGAGUGCAGGGAAAUGUGAGUGGUAGCUGGAAAUUGUAUGGAAGUAUGAGUGACUGCAGGGGAGUGAAUAUGAUAGCUGGGCAGUGAGAGUGAGUGGGAGAGGGAGCGAUAGCUAGGGAGUAUAAGUGGUAACAGGGGAGUACAGUGGAGUGUGAGUGAUAACGGAGGAGUACAGUGGAGUGUGAGUGAUAACGGAGGAGUACAGGGGAGUGUGAGUGAUAACGGAGGAGUACAGGGGAGUGUAAGUGGUAACGGGAGUGCAGGGCAAUGUGACUGACAGCUGGGCAGUGCAGGGAAGAGAUAGUGAUAGUUUGGGAGUGCAGGGGGUUGUGAGUGACCCCAGGGGAAUGUGAGUAAUAGCUGGGGAGUGCAAGGGAGUGUGAGUGACAGUCAGGGUUUGUAUAUAAGGGGUGGGAAUUCAGUACUAUAUCAAGAAGUGAUCAGCACAGACAGCACGAGGUUCUGACAGUGACACUGGAGAGAUAAAUUACAGCUUUGUGUGUGCCAAACGGAGCAGCCAACUGAUAUGAACGUCACCUUUGAGUAUGUAGAUGUUAAUGACAGAGAGUGGAGCUUGUUACACUCAGUUGACUUUCCCUCUGCCCUGAUGCUCUUGCAGCUAUCUACCCUAAGAUGACCCUAAACCAGUUUCAAGGCCGGCCUUUUUACUGUCGGGAAUGGGCACUUCAGAGGCUGCAGCACUGUCUGGAGGGGCUGGGUGGGGCUCAGGCACAUGGCAUACUUAUCACUGGUGCCCCUGGGGCAGGAAAGACCACCUUAUGCAGAGAGAUCUUGUGGCCCUCGUCAGAGGCUGGGCACAGAUCCCGACUUAGCUCCAGGGUAUUGGCGCAUCACUUCUGCCAGGCUCAUGCCCAUAACAGUCUGUGCCCUCGCCAGUUCAUCCAGAGCUUGACACAACAGCUAAUCAAGAGCCCCCUGAUUUGUGGAUACAAAGUAGAUGAGGAGCCAGCCGUUUCUGAGGGCGAUCUUGAUGAAGCCUUCAAGAGGAAGAUCCUGCUUCCACUGCUGGCAUUACCACCUCCUUCACAGAACCUACUGCUCGUUGUUGACUCUUUGGAUGAGACUUGCUGCUGUUGUCAUGCCAACAGCUUGUUUACAGAGCCCAGUGGUUCCAUUGCUGAACUUCUCGCCAAACAUCAUGAGCUUUUUCCACCAUGGCUUCUGCUGGUGUGUUCCACGCGAAGGCAGAGCAAAACUGUCACCAGGUUGUUCUCAGGUUUCCGGAGGCUUUGUCUAGAUGAUUUGAGGAAAGCUCAUAUUGUUCGUGAUGUCCAGCAGUACAUCCUGUGCCGCCUAGAUCGUGAGGAGUCCUUGCGUCAUCACUUGACUAUCGACACUGCAGAAAUGCUCAACCAGCUGCACAUCAAGAGCAAUGGCUGCUUCCUCUAUCUAGAGCGUGUGUUGGAUGGUGUGUCUGAGGGCUCCAUACUCCUUCGAGAAAUCCGCCAUAUCCCAGGAACCUUGAAUGGCCUCUACCUCUGGCUAUGCCAACGACAUUUCUCUGGCAGGCAGUUUUGCCAGGUACAGACGCUGCUGAAUGUUAUCCUGGCCUCCCCAAAGCCUCUUUCUGUGUUGGAACUGCACAGAGCUGUAUGGACUAAGCAAAUGAGAGGCUGGAGCACCAAUGAUUUUAACAAAUGCUUAGAGUCCAUCUCUUGGAUGCUGCUUCCUUUGAACUCUUCUCAAAAUGUACUUGUGCCAUUUCACCAUAGCUUCUCUGAAUGGCUACUAGAUGUGAAGUACUGCACCCAGAAAUAUCUGUGUAAUGUAUCAGAGGGGCGCAGCAUGCUGGCCAUGAGCCUCUCUGCACAGGGUCCAAACCUGCAACCUGCUGAGGUGCACCAGCUGGCCAGGCACCUCCUUAUGUCUGACAUCAGAGGGCUUGAACCAUCACAUCUUGCUCUUUGGCUGAUGUGGACAGGGUCUCCAGUUUCAGACUGUUUGACUUCUGAGAUCCCUUUGGAGCUGGAUGUCUUACAACUGCUGCUCAUGGCUGGGGCUGAUCUCUCUGUGGACUAUGACAUGGCUAACUCAACUGCUUUCAGGAAAACACUAGAAAAGGGAGACUGUGUGACAACUAUAUUAGAAAACAGUGCUGAAAUGAACCAGAAAGAUAGAGCUGGGCGUACAAUGCUGGCAGCUGCAGCACAUGCUGGAAAUUUUGAGGCUAUAAAUUUGCUGCUUUCUAGAGGAGCAAAUAUAGAGGUCAUAGAUGAUGAUGGACAGACUCCAUUGGGGCUUGCAGCGCACCAAGGUCAUCUCAGUGUAUUGCAGCUCCUCCUACAAAAUGGUGCUCAACCUGACCAUACAGACAGCCGUGGAUGGACUCCUUUAAGGUCUGCAGCAUGGGGAGGUCACACAGAAGUGGUGGAGAUGUUGCUUGCAUUUGGAGCUAAACCUGAUAUUUCUGGACCUGACGGGCGUACUGCAAUUAGAGCUGCUGCCUGGGGGGGUCAUGAGGGUCCAGUCAAAGCCUUGUUAAAAGCUGGUGCUCAAGUUGAUCUUGCAGACUCAGAGGGCCGCACUCCACUUAUGGCAGCUGCAUACAUGGGGCACAGAGCUGUGGCUGAUCUUCUCCUAGAAAUGGGUGCAGAUGUGAAUAAGUGUGACUCUGAGGGGCGCACUGCACUCGCAGUGGCAUGUCUGUGCGUGCCCACUGGCUAUGAUUACCCAGAUUUGAUUUCUCUUUUACUGGAGCAUUGGGCAGACCCAGAACUGCAGGACAAUGAAGGGAUGACACCAUUGCUGGUGGCUUCCUAUGAGGGACAGGCAGAGGUUGCUGAACUGCUCCUUGAGGCUGGUGCAAAUCCUGAUACAGCAGGGAGAGGACAGAUGACACCAUUGCUUGCAGCGGCAUCUGGUGGCCAUGCUGAAACUGUAAGAGUCCUCCUACUCUGGGGUGCAGCAGCUGAUGCCACGGAUCUGGAAGGGAGAUCAGCUCUGGGAUUUGCAGCUGCAGCAGCUGGAGGAGAAGAAGCAGUAAGAGUUCUACUGGAUAGGGGUCUGAAUGAGCAUCACCGAGACCAGUUAGGAUGGACUCCCUUACAUUGGGCUGCCUGUGAAGGCAGAAGAAACUCCUGUUGUGCACUUACUGAUGGAGGAGCUAAAGUUGGAGUAAAAGAUAGAGAGGGGUACACUCCACUGCUCUUGGCAUCUCAGGAGGGUCACAUAGGUUGCAUUGAAUUGUUGCUUAACCGUGGUUCCCACAUUGAGCAACAUGCCAGUGAUGGACGGACGGCUCUAUGCUUGGCAGCCCUUGGAGGUCACAAAGGUGCAGUAGAGUUGCUUCUCAGAAGAGGAGCAAAUCCAAAUAUAAAGGACAAACAAGGAAAACCUAUUAUAUACCUGCUUGCACUUGAGGGAUUGAUGGGAAUGACACAGUUACUACUUGAACAUGGGGCUGAUCCUGAGGGAGGAGACCUUGAUGAACGUACUGCACUACAUGCCUGCAGCUGGCAGGGGGAUCUGGGCAUGACUGAGCUUCUACUGGUGAGGGGUAAAGCCAACCCUAAUGCCCUUGACAAAGAGGGACGCACUCCUCUACAUUGUGCUGCUUGGAGGGGUCAUGCUGAUAUUGCCCGUCUACUUCUGCAAAGUGGUGCCUUUGCGGAUGCACGAUGCACACAGGGAGCCACAUCUCUCUGUAUUGCUGCUCAAGAAGGUCAUGAGGAACUGGCAAAGGUGCUGCUUGAAGUGGGGAAGGCCAGUCCCCAUCAUGCUGAUCACUAUGGUCGAACCCCUACAAGUGUUGCAGGAAAGCGUGGGCAUGUAGGACUCAUACAUAUCUUGGAAAAUUAUGGAGUUCCCCCAUAUAAAGGACCUUUGGGACUGUUCUCAGAGAAGGGCACAUCAGAAAAGGAGGCUAUGGAAGAAGGUGGAGGAAGCUGGUCCACACUUUCCCCAGUAUCCACCGGAAGUUACUCCCUAAACAACUCUCUAAAAAGCUCCCAAGGAUCUGUUUUGACCUCAUCUACCUACCACUCAGUAGCUACUGUGCCAAUGGACAGCCUGACCUUUACUCAGCAGGUUCAUCAACACUCAUUGCCCCGAAGCCGCUCAAGACAAACUGCUGCACUUAGUGAUAUGAUCAGCUGCCAGGAACUUCAGGAUUCUCCAACCUCUCAUCUGGCAGGGUCACCCAUCAAGCACCAAUCAAGAAACCAGUUUUCAAACUUUCUAGAAUCUGAACUAAAAAGAAAUUGUAUAGUUACAAAUCCAAAAUAUGUGAGUUCAGUGUACAAGACCUAUGACAGUGGCUACUCUGGGACAUCUCCAAUAAGGGAAAGUGGCCUUGAGUUUACUCAGCACAAGACCAGCAGCUCUGGUUAUUCCUCCAGCGUAACUGGACACUUUAAGUUUAACAGUCCUUUAUCUUAUCAUAAGAAGAUUGGUGUCCCUGUGUACUCUCCCACACAAAUCAGAACACCCAGGUACACUUUGGAUAAUGGGGAGCAACUGAACUCUCACAAGAAAUCUUUAAGCACUUCUAAGCCAAUUGUAGAUUCUGUUUACCCUCCCAAGACUACUGUGGACCUUGUCCACUCUACCAUUAAAGUUAUGGAUCCAAUUUAUUCACCCAAGAACAACACAUGUGUGGUCAACUCUCCCAAGAAAAAUAUCGGCCCAGUUGACACCGUUUACAUUUGCAAGAAAAAUAUGGACACAGUUUACUCUUCCAACAAAAUUGUUGACACAGUUUACUCUUCCAAAAAUAAUAUGGACCCAGUUUGCUCUCCUAAGAAAAUUGUUGAUCCAGUUUGCUCUCCUAAGAAAAUUGUUGAUCCAGUUUGCUCUCCUAAGAAAGUUGUUGAUCCAGUUUGCUCUCCUAAGAAAAUUGUUGAUCCAGUUUACUGUCCCAAGAAAAUUGUGGAUACAGUAAACUCUCAUACGAAAAUUAGGGACCCUGUUUACUCCUCCAAGAAAAAUACAGAUCAAGUUUACUCCUCCAAGAAAAAUACAUAUCAAGUUUACUCCUCCAAGAAAAAUACAGAUCAAGUUUACUCACCCAAGAAAAAUACAGAUAAAGUUUACUCACCCAAGAAAAAUACAGAUCAAGUUUCCUCACCCAAGAAAAUUAUUGACCCUGUUUACUCUCCUAAGAAAACUGGAGACCUUGUGUACCAACCUAUAAAAACUGUGACAUCUUUGCAUUCUCCAAAAGAUACGGGUGGCCCUGAGCAAUCUUUGUACAAGAAUGAAAGCAUUAAGCCAGACUCACCUAUCUCCAUUACCACUAUGGACCCACAACUUCAUUUGAAGCAGGCCAUAAAACUGCAAUUUGAAGGUCGUACCUGUGGUUUCAACUACAGAAAGGAAACUCCACUAUGAGAAAAUCACCAUAUUGGCUAUAGGAGGCCAAUGAAGGGAUUGGCAGAGAGGUGUAGCAGAAGAAGAGCGAAGUGAAAGGAAGAUCAGCCGAUAA